CAACCAAACAAUUUAGUCUCUCCCAAUCUUAACCAUUAGGCAGAGCAGAGUUCCCUGGUCAUAAGCAAAACACAACACAAACAAAAAUUUCUCAGACUCCACACUCCCAUCGUUCUUAUCCUCCGAGGUUGUCUCUCGCCUACAGAGUAACAAAACACAGUUUCACACUUUCACAACGCCCCCAAAACCACACCUUAUUUUUCGUCCUUAUGAUGAUGAUGCAGAGAGUCGAAAUUUGUGUUUUGUUAGAAUGAUGAUUCUUCUGAAAUGAGACCCAACAAUGAGUCUGAAAAACCACACCUUGUUUUUCUGGACAAGUCUGCAUGGUUCUUUGGAAAGCGGCACCACCGGCAAGAGGAACCCUUUUCGUUUGGACAAGAGGAAGUUGUUGCUGCAGAAGAAUGGUCUCUGCAGUUGCACGUGCUGCGUCUCCCCAAAACGGUGUCGUUUGGUAAGCCAAGCGUUACGGUUUUCAUCUUUUUCGGGGCAAAAAAACGUGGGGUUAUUGGGAAAAGACGUGAUUUUGAGAAGUGAGUCGAGGUUAGAAUGUGCCAGGGAACCUUAUUUUAGGGGUGAGUCAUUGGUUAGUUAUUUGACACCGUUGUGGGAAGAGGGGCUUUUUCUGAUAAGGGCUUCUGUUUACACUGCUGUUAUUGCUGGGGUGUGUAUGUUGGUGUGGUAUGGACAGAACAAAGCAAAGGGUUUCAUUGAGGCCAAUUUGUUGCCUUCUGUUUGUGCAGCAAUCAGUGAGCACAUUCAGCGUGACCUUGUGUUUGGCAAGGUUCGGCGGAUUUCGCCGUUGAGCAUCACGUUGGAGUCGUGCUCGUUUGGGCCUCACAAGGAGGAGUUUUCGUGUGGUGAGGCUCCCACGGUUAAGCUCCGCCUCCGUCCCUUUGUGAGCUUGAGGAGGGGGAAGUUGGUGAUUGAUGCAGUUUUGUUGCAUCCAAGUUUCUUGGUGGUGCAGAGGAAGGACUUUACUUGGUUGGGAAUACCCUUCAAUGAAGGAGGCAGGGAGAGAAGUUUCUCGGCUGAAGAGGGGAUAGAUUAUCGCACGAGAACUAGGAGGCUUGCACGAGAGGAAGCCUUUGCUCAGUGGGAAAGAGAAAGGGAUGGUGCAGCUAGGGAAGCUGCUGAGGUGGGGUACUUUGUUUCUGAGCGGAGUUGUGGUCUAUCCAAAGGUGAUGAUGGUUUAAAGGAGAUUGAAACUCGAUCGUUGGAGUCAACUGAGUCUGCGCCCUUUUUCUGUAUGAAUGAUGGGAAGCACGAUCAUUGGUUGAUGGACAAAGGUGUUAAUUAUGAUACGAAACACACAGCUUUGGAAAAAUCAUUUGGAGUAAGAUUUCCUGGAUUGGGACUUCGAUUUUGGUCCAGAGUAAUAUCAGGGCUUAGGAAACACAAGUUGAAUAGGAAGGCUAAUGGGAGUAACAUCUUUGCAUCUGGUGGUGCUAUCAAAAAGAUAAUAUUGGAACGUAGUGCAUCAGCUGCUCAUGCAUACUUUUGUGAUCAACCACAAUGGAAGUUUGAGGAGCCUUCAUCACCUUCUGAAAGUUAUGGUUUUAUGAGUCAUGAUAUGCAUUUGGUGAAAAGUGAGGUUGACAGAAAUACAAUAUCUGUUAUUGUUAGUGAUGAAAAUAGAAGUGAUGAUAACCAAAGUGGAACACAAUUCAAAGAUCUGGGAUUCCAGUCCCCCUUAGUAAAUGAAAAUGUUAGCAGUCAAUCAGAUUAUUUAAAGUUUGUCUGUGAUUCAACUUUACGGACAAGAGAGAGUGAAAUUGAAAAUUUGCAAUCUAGUGAUGAUGUUGCAAAACCUGCUAAUCCAAAUAGUAGUACAGUGAAAAAUGAGGAGUUUGUACCAUAUGUUGCUGAGAAUCAAAUUGAUGAUAAUGAUAGUUCAUCAGGGGGCCAACAGGGUUUGCCAUCUGAAGAUUUGGGUAUUGUGAAGCCUGAGCCUCAGUUGGCAACUUAUUUUCAAAAUCCAUUUGAGCACUUGCUCGUGAAAUUUGGCUUAACCUCAUUUUUAAAAAAUAUUGAAGAGUUGAUAUCUCAUUUUCUUUCUGGUUCCAUUGAAAUGUUGAAGUCUGAUGUGGGUCUGAAAGUUGAAGAUAUUGUUUCAGAACAUGUUGAUGGGGUAGAUUUUGUGCAGUCUGAAGGCGUUACGAAGACUCUGCCUGUUACGCUGGAUUCAGUUCAUUUCAGAGGUGCAACACUGAUGCUACUUGCAUAUGGUGACAAGGAAGUUAGGGAGAUGGAGAAUGUCAAUGGAAAUGUAAAGUUCCAAAACCACUAUAGUCGCAUACAUGUGGAUCUGAGUGGAAAUUGUAAUACCUGGAGAUCAGAUAUUAUAUCUGAAGAUGGAGGCUGGUUGUCUGCCAAUGUUUUUGUUGACACUAUUGAGCAGAAUUGGCAUGCUAAUUUAAAAAUUGAUAAUCUUUUUGUCCCGCUGUUUGAAAGGAUCCUUGAAAUUCCAAUUACAUGGUCUAAAGGGUGGGCUAGUGGCGAGGUUCACUUGUGCAUGUCAAAGGGGGAGACUUUUCCAAAUUUUCAUGGACAACUUGAUGUUAGAGGGUUGGAUUUCCAACUGUUGGAUGCUCCAUCAUCUUUUUCUAACAUAUCAGCGAGUUUAUGUUUUCGUGGUCAAAGAAUAUUUUUACACAAUGCAAGUGGCUGGUUUGGUAGUGUUCCUUUAGAAGCAUCAGGAGACUUUGGCAUUCAUCCCGAAGAAGGAGAGUUUCAUCUUAUGUGUCAGGUUCCUGGUGUUGAAGUGAAUGCUUUGAUGAGAACUUUCAAGAUGAAACCUCUUCUCUUCCCGCUAGCUGGAUCAGUAACUGCUCUAUUUAAUUGUCAAGGCCCACUGGAUACUCCUGUAUUUGUUGGCACUGGAAUGGUUUCUAGGACAUUCUCUUAUUUACAGACUGAGAGCACUGCAUCUGUAGCAUCUGAAGCACUUGCUACGAGUAAGGAAGCUGGAGCGCUGGCAGCAUUUGAUCGUGUUCCAUUCUCAUAUGUAUCUGCUAAUUUCACUUUCAACACUGAUAACUGUGUUGCUGAUUUAUAUGGAAUUAGGGCAUGCCUUGUAGAUGGAGGUGAAAUUCGUGGGGCUGGGAAUGCAUGGAUAUGCCCAGAGGGUGAAGAGGAUGAGACAUCAAUAGAUGUGAAUUUUUCUGGAAGUUUGGCCAUCGAUAACAUUGUGCUUCGUUAUAUACCAAGUUCUUAUCAUCAGAUGCCACUUAAAUUAGGGGUAUUAAAUGGAGAAACAAAACUUUCAGGAUCUCUUUUAAGACCAAGGUUUGAUAUAAAAUGGACUGCACCUACAGCAGAAGGGUCUUUCAAUGAUGCUCGAGGAGACAUCAUAAUCUCACAUGAUUAUAUUACUGUGAAUUCUGCUUCUGCUGCAUUUGAUCUGUAUAUGAGAGUUCAAACAUCUUAUCCUGAUGAUUUCCAUCAUAAAAGAGAAGAGUAUAAUAUUCCAAGAGCUAUUCCGCUUACUAUUGAUGGAGUUGAGUUGGAUUUACGUAUGCGUGGGUUUGAAUUCUUCAGUUUGGUUUCUGCAUACGCUAUGGAUUCCCCAAGGCCUUUGCAUUUGAAAGCAUCUGGAAGGAUCAAGUUUCAGGGAAAGGUUUUAAAACCUAAUGGCAAUAUUAGCGAACAAAAUUUUGAAAUGACAAGGCAGCAUGUGCAAAUGUUGGAGAAAGGAAUUGCAGAUAGUCUCAUUGGCGAGGUUUCAAUCUCUGGUCUCAAACUGAAUCAACUGAUGCUUGCACCUCAGUUGUCUGGGUUGCUGAGGCUUUCUCCUGGGGGUAUCAAGCUGGAUGCCUCUGGUAGAACUGAUGAAAGUCUUGCAGUGGAGUUUGUUGGGCCACUACAGCCCAGUAGCGAAGAUGGUCUGCAAAGUGGGAAACUGUUGUCUAUUUCCCUUCAGAAAGGGCAAUUGAGGGCUAACAUUUGUUUUCAACCAUUUCAUUCUGCUAACUUGGAGGUACGGCAUUUUCCACUUGAUGAAUUAGAGCUCGCUUCUCUCAGGGGAACUAUACAGAGAGCAGAAAUCCAGCUUAAUCUUCAAAAAAGAAGAGGACAUGGAGUCCUGUCUGUACUUCAGCCAAAAUUCAGUGGCGUGCUCGGCGAAGCCCUAGAUGUGGCAGCUAGGUGGAGUGGAGAUGUUAUCACUAUUGAAAAAACAGUUUUGCAACAAAACUACAGUUGUUAUGAACUUCAAGGCGAAUAUGUGUUGCCCGGCACCCGAGAUCGUAAUCCCAUUGACAAAGGUGGCCUUAUAAAAAGACUAAUGUCUGGUCAUAUUGGUAAUGCUAUAUCCUCGAUGGGCAGGUGGAGAAUGAAACUUGAAGUUCGUAGAGCUGAGGUUGCUGAGAUGCUUCCCCUUGCUAGGCUUCUUUCUCGAAGUAUGGAUCCUGCUGUUCAGUCAAGAUCUAAGGAUUUCUUCAUGCAAAGUUUGCAGUCAGUAGGAUUAUAUACCGAAAGCCUUCAACAAUUGCUUGAGACAGUGAGGGGGCUUCAUGCUCCAUCAAAUGAUGUUGUUCUUGAAGACUUAAGUCUGCCUGGUUUAUCUGAACUCAAAGGUCACUGGCAUGGAUCUCUUGACGCUAGUGGUGGGGGAAAUGGAGACACCCUGGCAGAAUUUGACUUUCAUGGGGAGGACUGGGAAUGGGGAGACUACAAAACUCAGCGUGUGUUGGCAGUUGGUGCUUACAGUAAUGAUGAUGGUAUGUACCUGGAGAGAAUUUUUAUCCAGAAGGAUAAUGCCACCAUCCAUGCAGAUGGAACAUUGCUAGGACCUAAAACCAACCUCCAUUUUGCGGUAUUAAAUUUUCCUGUUAGUCUGGUCCCAACUGUAGUCCAGAUCAUUGAAUCUACAGCAAUGGAUGUUGUCCAUUCUCUGCGACAGUUGUUGGCACCCAUUAAGGGUAUAUUGCAUAUGGAAGGAGAUCUUAGAGGAAGUUUAGCAAAACCAGAAUGUGAUGUGCAAGUAAGGCUCCUGGAUGGUUCCGUUGGUGGUGUUGAUCUUGGAAGAGCCGAAGUUGUUGCUUCUCUAACCUCAACCAGUCGUUUUCUAUUCAAUGCAAAAUUUGAGCCUACAACCCAAAAUGGUCAUGUACUCAUUCAGGGUAGCAUUCCUGUUGCAUUUGUGCAAAAUAACACGUUACAGGAGGAUGUAGAAUUAGAUAAGAGUCAGGUUACUUGGGUUCCUGAUUGGGUGAAGGAGAAGAAUAGAGGGACCGUUGAUGAUGCCAGCGACAAAAAAGUUUCUAGAGAUAGAAACGAAGAAGGUUGGAAUACUCAAUUAGCAGAAAGCCUUAAAGGUUUAAAUUGGCAAAUUUUAGAUGAUGGAGAAGUCAGGAUUGAUGCUGAUAUAAAAGAUGGGGGAAUGACAUUGGUUACAGCUUUAUCUCCUCAUGUGAAUUGGCUUCAUGGCAAUGCGGAUUUGAAGCUAGAGGUCAGAGGUACAGUUGAUCAACCAGUACUUAAUGGACACGCAUCUUUCCACAGGGCAUCUAUUUCUUCACCAGUGCUCCAAAAACCACUAACCAACUUUGGUGGAAAUGUUCAUGUGCAAUCAAACAGGUUAUGCAUCACCUCACUGGAGAGUAGGGUAAGCAGAAAAGGAAAGCUUCUUGUAAAAGGGAACCUGCCACUCAGAACUAGUGAAGCAGCCCCAGAUGACAAGAUUGAAUUGAAGUGCGAAGUUCUGGAAGUACGGGCACAAAAAGUAUUAAGUGGUCAGGUUGAUUCUCAGUUGCAAAUAACUGGUUCAAUAUUGCAACCAAACAUAUCUGGGAAUAUCAAAAUAAGUCAGGGAGAAGCAUAUUUGCCUCAUGACAGAGGUGGUACUCCUGCUUCUAAUAGAUUUCCAUCAAAUCAGUCUGUGCUUCCUACUGCUGGUGUUAGUCGCAUGUUUGCUUCGAGAUAUGUUUCAAGAUUUCUCAACUCAGAAUCUGCUUCUUCAAGGGAAAAAGUAUCUCAAUCCUCUGGCUCUGUGCCAGUUAAUAAGUCAACUCAGGUUGAAAAGCAGAUGGAGCAAGUGCAGAUUAAACCAAAUGUAGAAAUCUGUCUCAAUGAUUUGAAGCUUGUGCUUGGACCAGAGUUGAAGAUAGUUUAUCCUUUGAUUCUUAAUUUUGGUGUAAGUGGAGAGCUUGAGUUAAAUGGUCCGGCCCAUCCCAAAUGGAUAAAACCUAGAGGCAUACUGACAUUUGAGAAUGGUGAAGUUGAUCUAGUUGCAACACAGGUGAGGUUAAAACGAGAGCAUUUAAACAUUGCAAAGUUUGAGCCUGAAUAUGGACUAGAUCCAAUGCUUGAUUUAGCUUUGGUUGGAUCUGAGUGGCAAUUCAGAAUUCAAGGUAGAGCUAGCAAUUGGAAGGACAAACUUGUGGUGACCUCAACACGUUCUGUGGAGCAGGAUGCACUCUCGCCCACUGAGGCUGCCAGAAGAUUUGAGAGUCAGUUGGCUGAAUCCAUUUUGGAAGGCAAUGGUCAGCUUGCUUUUGAAAAGCUUGCAACUGCAACUCUGGAAAAAUUGAUGCCACGAAUAGAAGGGAAGGGAGAGUUUGGCCAGGCUAGGUGGAGGCUAGUGUAUGCACCUCAGAUUCCUAGUUUAGUUUCUGUUGAUCCUACAGCAGAUCCUCUAAAGUCACUCGCCAGUAAUAUAUCUUUUGGUACAGAAGUUGAAGUUCAGCUUGGGAAACGUCUUCAGGCCACAAUCGUUAGGCAAAUGAAGGAGUCCGAGAUGGCAAUGCAAUGGACAUUGAGCUAUCUGCUUACAAGUCGUUUGCGAGUGCUCCUACAAUCUGCUGCAUCCAAACGCCUUCUUUUUGAAUAUUCUGCCACAUCCCAGGAUUGACCUGCAUCAAAUUAACUUGUGCAACUUCAUUUUCUGUUAAUAGUAUAAGUCUGGAAAUGGGUCUUGCAACUCUUGCCUUGGUAAAAAAGUGCACACAUUCCACUUCAAAUUUCCCUUACAUAACAUUAUGUUUAAAGGGAAAGGGAAUUUUGGGAUGCUUUUUGAAUGUGAAAAAGUAGCGUAGAUGCAUAUUAUUUUUUGCUCAUUUUGAGCCUGUUAAUAUAUAGAUGCUUAAUUCAUGGAUAACUCAGCCAAUAGUUUUGUACAUAAAUUCAAUUUUAAUGAAAGAAAUUAUAGCAGGAUUGUUUAUUGCACAUGAAGGUAAGCUGCAUGCAUGUGAUAGGAGGAGUAUUUUUUUUCUGUAUCAGAACCAUCAAAUCCUGACAUGCAUCCGUAAUUGUCCAAUUUAAUGUUUUGAUUGCUUCAUUGCAGUAGGUGCUAGAUUUGGUAUUCUUGUCGCAACUGCUUUGAAAUUUUGAUGUGCUUGUAAUUUCACAAGCAUCUAUUGUAUUCUUAGGGACAAGACAGGUGUAGUAACUGUAACCUGGGCACCCAAUUAUUUGUUUGACAGUAUGUAAGCAUUGUGUCAGUCUAUGCAAGUAUUAUCACAUGUAGUUUUAUUGUUUUAA